CGGGCCUCAAUCCUCGACAACCGACAAGAUGCCUUUCACCAAGCUCGUCAAGAACAGCGCUUACUACAGCCGCUACCAGACCAAGUACAAGCGUCGUCGUGAGGGUAAGACCGACUACUAUGCCCGCAAGCGCUUGAUCUCCCAGGCGAAGAACAAGUACAACGCCCCCAAGUACCGCAUGGUGGUCCGCUUCACCAACCGCGACAUCAUCACCCAGAUCGUCUACUCCGAGAUCUCCGGUGACAAGGUCCUGGCCAGCGCCUACUCCCACGAGCUCAAGCGCUAUGGCAUCACCCAGGGUCUGACCAACUGGUCUGCCGCCUACGCCACUGGUCUCCUGCUGGCCCGCCGUGUGCUCAAGAAGCUCGAGCUCGACGGCGAAUUCACCGGUGUCGAGGAGGCUGACGGUGAGUUCACCCUCACCGAGGCCGUCGAGACCGAGGAUGGCACCCGCCGCCCCUUCAAGGCCUUCCUUGACGUUGGUCUGACCCGCACCUCGACCGGUGCCCGUGUCUUCGGUGCCAUGAAGGGUGCCUCCGACGGUGGUAUCUUCGUCCCCCACUCCGAGAACCGCUUCCCCGGCUUCGACAUCGAGUCCGAGGAGCUCGAUGCCGAGACUCUCCGCAAGUACAUCUUCGCCGGCCACGUUGCCGAGUACAUGGAGACUCUUGCCGACGAUGACGAGGAGCGCUACCGCGGCCAGUUCCACAAGUACACCGAGGCCGAGGUUGACGCCGCCGAUCUCGAGGACAUCUACGCCGAGGCCCACAAGGCCAUCCGCGAGGACCCCUUCAAGAAGGAUGAGGAUGCUGGCGAGAAGAAGUCCAAGGCUGAGUGGAAGGCCGAGAGCCUGAAGCACAAGACCGCCAAACUCACCCGCGAGGAGAAGAAGGCCCGUGUCGAGGCCAAGAUCCGCGAGCUUGCCGCUUAAAUAGGAUUAUUCCCGAACUUCCACGGGUUGACGGGGGGGAUGGUUAUGACACACUUGGUGCUUGACGAGUUUUAUUUCUAAAAAAAAAAGGAAACAAAUACCUGAGUGUGAUAGCCAACCACAAAAAGUCUUUGUUCUUUUUUUUCCAUCUUCAUCAUGCGCAAUACCAAGGAAGGAGUGGCUACUCGCCAUGGCGUUGAAUGAUACCUCUUUUUUUUUUUUUUGUAGAUUGAUGGAUUUUGUUACGGCUUGAUGAUUUAUUCGGAGCGAUUAGUCGGUGUUACCCAUGGAAAUUU